ACAAAGUCCGGUGCCACGGGAAGGAUCCGGAGCCGGCAGCAUGGUCCUGAGGCUGCUCCUGGUGCUGAGCGUGUGUGCCUGCCCCGGCACAGGUCUCCCACCGCGCCACAUGGACUCCGUGGUUGAGCUCACGGAAGCCCUCGACUCCACCAGCCCCAACCUGACCCUGCCCGAGCUGGCGCGGGCACUGGGGGCCUGCAGCACCCCUGGGUGCCGCGCGGUGCUGGGGGAUCCCCCCCCGGUCCCCCCAGCGCUCAGCCAAGACCAAUGGGUGCUCCUCACGCGGCUCCUCCACCGCGAUGCUGUGGUGCUGGCACCCGAUGGUUCCACCGUGGCCCUCGGGCCCCUCCUCACUGGCAUUGAGGUUGGCCAAAAGAGGGUGUCGGGGUGGCCCUUCCCCACCUUUGAGCCCCCCAUUGACCCUCUUUACGCUGUGACCAUCACCGAGGCCUUGGGGACAUCGUUCCUCUCGGCUCGCGGCAGUGAUGGAGCCACGCUGGGACCCAGUGGCUGUUGGGACGAUGUGGAUGACCCCCAGAACUACACCCUCCUGGGACCCUCGUCACCCAUCCCUGACGCCGUCGCCAACGGGGCUAUGGAUGGGGUGCUCUUGGGUACCCGAGCGGCCCAAGCCCCCAUCCCACUCGCCGAUCUGCUCCGGGGUUACUAUGGGAUGGGCAACAGCACGGAGCAAGGCAGACCCCGCAGCAGCUACCGGCAGCGGGACUUUGGGGUGCUGACGGGGCCAGAGAAGCUGGAGCAGGAGGUGGAGGCGAUGCUGAGGGUACUGCGGGUGCUGCCACCCACAAGGGAGCUCCUGCAGGAUGUGGGACCGGAGGAGGCAGCGGCCAUCGCGGGCCGGGCGGCGCGGGACUUCACCCAGCUCUACGUGGAGUGCCCGCCCAUCGUGCCCCGGUGCAUGUGGGGUGCCCGUCCCUACCGGGGCACCCCCAGAGCCUUGAUCUUGCCUUUGGAGUCGGUCUUCAUCCACCACACGUUCAUCCCCAGCACCCCGUGCCACAGCUUCCGCUCCUGCUCCCACGCCAUGCGCUCCAUGCAGAGCUUCCAUCAGGACACGCGCGGCUGGGAUGACAUUGGAUACAGCUUCGUGGUGGGCUCCGAUGGGUACUUGUACCAAGGCCGAGGCUGGCAUUGGGUCGGUGCCCACACCAAAGGCUACAACAGCAAAGGAUACGGGGUGGGGUACGUUGGAAACUUCACGAGCACCUUACCUGACCCGGACACCAUCGCCCUGGUGAGGGACCAGCUCCUGCCCUGCGCUGUGAGCACAGGGAGGCUGCACCACAACUACACCCUGCGGGGGCACCGGCAGAUGGGUCACACUGAUUGUCCCGGGAACUCCUUGUUCCAAGAGAUUGAGACCUGGAGCGGCUUCAAGAUUGGAGGGAUCAUGGUCUGUAUGGACACCAAUGCCAUGGAUGCCUGUCUGGAUGGACCUUGGCCCAGGUGGACACCAGUGCCAUGGCUGGACCCUGGUCCAGACAGAGCCAAUGGAUGCCAUCAGAGAUCAGCCCUGGUCUAGGUGGACACCAGGCAGAUGGAUGCCAGCACAGAUGGACCCUGGCCCAGAAGAACCCCAGCCUUAAAUCCACAAUCCUGGAUGGAUCCUGGCCUGGUCCCACCAUUCAGGAUGGAUCCUGGUCUGGUCCCACCAUUCAGGAUGGAUCCCAGCCUG